AAUUACUUAUAUCACAAAAAUCUGUGUUUUAUCUAGGAUAUUUUCUGAAUAUUCUUUGUAAAAUGCAGAUUUUUUUUCCACAAAACAUUAGGAUUCUGUUUAUUAAACUUGUUUGUUUUAAGUAGGUAAAAAGAAAAGUUACAUUUAGCUGAAAGCAUUACACUAACAUUUACAUGAUUUAAGUAUUAGGUUAUUCAGCCCAAUUCCCAGCAGUGGACAGAAUAUCAAACUUGUGUCUCAAGGUUUCAUGGUUUUCCCACGUUCUUUGGCUAUUAAUUUCCCAGGUCACAGAGAUUGUCUUGAUCAUUGAAACAAGUGCAAAGUCUGAAAUAACCUUGAGUUGAGCAAAAUUUCGUUUGAUAGAAGCUGGGCUUGGUAGUAUAGUGAAAUUUUAGUGUAAUGUGUUCUUUGGUAAUUGAAAAGGGAGAAUUAAUGUGGAUAUUUCUGCAAAGGAAAAUAGGUGUGUGCUUUGACCAGGUUUUUCUUAAUAUAAGAGCAAAGAAAUUAAAUGUUAAGUCUCCUUGAAAAUAUAGUAAUAAAGUAUAUGAAGCUUCUUUUUUCAUUUUGCUCUGUGACUGGUUUAAAGGUAAGUUUGUAUGUUUUUGGUAGAUUUUGCCAGGCUUCUCCCAACAGAGUAGAAGUGAUUUAGCCCUGUAACUUAGUGGAUACUGCUUUUCUUCUGCAUCCCAGUUUUGAAAAGGUGGCACUGGAAUUUGCCAAUCUGAAGGCAAAUCUUCGCACAACUCCUGUGUAUAUAUUGGUUAAAUACAGAAGAGGCAGGAGUUCAGAUGGUUGGGUGAGAUUCCCUUAGGAUUUUACAACCAGUAAAGAUGCAAUGUCCCAUACAUAUCUCAAGAAACACUAAUCCUCUUUUACUCUGUUGGGAUGAGUCUUUUUUGUUCCUUCUCAGAGUGGUUACUAACUUCAUCUUCUCUCCUCUUGCUGUCAUCUGCAUUCGUGCUUCCCACCUGUUGUUGGCAUGUCCUUUACCUUCUCUUUCCUUGCCACAUCAACCUACACACUGAUUCAUCACUGUUGAAGAUGUGGAAGAUGUCAAGUUUGUCAUCAACUAUGAUUAUCCAAACAGCUCAGAGGAUUACGUUCACCGUAUUGGCCGAACAGCCCGAAGCACCAACAAGGGCACCGCUUAUACCUUCUUCACCCCAGGGAACCUAAAGCAGGCCAGAGAGCUGAUAAAAGUGCUCGAAGAGGCCAAUCAGGCUAUCAAUCCAAAACUGAUGCAGCUGGUGGACCACAGAGGAGGCGGCGGAGGAGGGGGUAAGGGAGGUCGCUCUCGAUACCGGACCACUUCUUCAGCCAACAAUCCCAAUCUGAUGUAUCAGGAUGAGUGUGAUCGGAGGCUUCGAGGAGUCAAGGAUGGAGGCCGGAGAGACUCUACAAGCUAUCGGGAUCGUAGUGAGACCGAUAGAGCCAGUUACGCUAAUGGCAGUGGCUAUGGAAGUCCAAAUUCUGCCUUUGGAGCACAAGCAGGCCAAUACACCUAUGGUCAAGGCACCUAUGGGGCAGCUGCUUAUGGCACCAGUGGCUAUACAGCCCAGGAGUAUGGUGCUGGCACUUAUGGAGCUAGCACCACCACCUCAACUGGGAGAAGUUCACAGAGCUCUAGCCAGCAGUUUAGUGGGAUAGGCCGGUCUGGGCAGCAGCCACAGCCACUGAUGUCACAACAGUUUGCACAGCCUCCGGGAGCUACCAAUAUGAUAGGUUACAUGGGGCAGACGGCCUACCAGUAUCCCCCACCUCCCCCUCCUCCUCCACCUUCGCGCAAAUGAGGCCACUUGAGAUGGGGCAACUUGUGCAGACUUACAUAUAAAGGAACGCUGUCUUUCCCCUUUUUUUUCUUCUUCCCCUUUUCUUUCUUUUUUUAGUUUUUUUUUUUUUUUUUU